CUGUCCAUGUUACUUGAAUGAAACUCCGCUUGAAUGCUAAAUAGCUUGGAUCCUGAACUGAAAUAACACCAUCACACUGAUCAGUGAUCCAGCCCUAGUCUGCAACUAUAAUCCUCUGCACAAUAUUAUGUUUAUACAGCUUUUAAUUUCCCUCUCUAUUUCUGCCACUACCCAUACCCUUGGUUUGAAUCAAACUACUACCGAUAAUGAUAGUACAAGGAACAAGUUGCAGACUACAAAUGAUGAUCCUGUUGAUCCUGUGGUCAUUGUACCAGGUAUCUUUGGAAGUCAGUUAGACGCACGAUGGAACAAAACAUCAGCUCCCCACUUGUACUGUUACAAAUCUAGUCCUGCAUGGACGACUUUGUGGCUGUGUUUUCAAUGCAUGGUUCCUAAGGUAAUAGAUUGUUGGGUUGAUAACAUGUUAUUAAACUUCACAGAAAACACUUUUCAAAACAGAGAUGGUGUUGAAACAAAAGUCAAUGAUUUUGGGGGUACUGGAGGCGUUGAAAAUAUUGAUAAAAAUGGAUACUACCCUUACAUGAAAGCUGUAGUAGAUGGUAUUGCUGCUAUUCCUGGAUAUGAGAGAGGGGUUAAUCUUAGAGCUGCACCCUACGACUUCCGUUAUGGAGCAAAUUCUCCGACGGGUCAACUAUAUCUUAAAAAUCUACGAACACUGAUAGAAGAUACCUAUGAGACGAACAAUGGAAGACGAAUAAAUAUCUUAGCCCAUAGUAUGGGUAAUCUGUACAUGAUACAAUUCUUCAAAAGUGUAAGCUCUAGCUGGAAACACAAAUACAUCAAAAGAUACAUUGCCAUAUCAGGUGUGUUUGGAGGAUCAGUAAAGUCUUUAAGAGCGCUGGUUUCUGGGGAAAUAGAGUCCAUUCCACGUGUGUUGGUUGAUGCAAAUGCAGUACGUGCUUUUCAGCGCUCCUUCCAGAGCAUCUACUGGCUCCUUCCACGUAAACAGCUUUGGAAUGACACGGAGCCGAUAAUAUUUACUCCAGACAGAAACUACACAGUCCACGAUUACGCAGACCUUCUGGAUGAUGCAGGUUUUCCUGAUGGACGAGAGAUUUUGAAAACGUUGGAAGGAUCGACUGAUUUGACGGACCCUGGAGUUGAUGUGUAUUGUUUACACGGUAGUGAAAUUCCAACUGCGGCUCAGUUUAGAUGGAAGCCGAAGUAUUUCCCUGACUACCAACCUAACCAAAUAGACGGUCCCGGUGAUGGUACUGUCAACCAACGGAGCCUGGAGCAAUGUAAGAAAUUCAAACGACUUAAAGACCACAAGGUUUACCCAGGAAUUAAGUUUGGCGAACACAUGCAAAUACUGCUUAAUCCUGAUGUAAUUCAGUACGUUAAGGAUCUCAUCUUGGAAACAGACGAACAGGGGAAAGUAGACCUGGUGUUUUAGAUGAAUCUGAGGAAACUUUAAUGAACUAAAAUGUAAUCUCUUUUCUAUGCAGUGAUUUUGUUAAUUUUUAGAACUGGUAAUUAAUUAUAUGGUAUUUAUAUUUUUAGUUUCUGGGUUCUUUCUGAACAGUUUGUUUAAUUUGAUACUGAUAUUGUAUGUAUACGAUUAGUUAUUUAAAGAAAGGCGUCGCAAGAAUUCUCAUAGCUGAUAGAUUUGACUAACGUUUUUUUAUAAGAUUUAAUCACAGAAUAAAAGACGUUGCUAGGUACAGAUUUUGUAACAGCUUUUGAUUAUGCCGUUCUGCUGCAGGCUACCGAUUUCUAUUUAAUUGUUAUUUACAGUGAAUUAUUUCGUAACUCUGGCGUGAUUUCACUAAUUAUUCGAUUUCUGGCUGUGUUUAACAAAACCCUUGCUUAAUAACGAUUAAAAAUGUUAAAUUAUAGUUUGUAGAAUAAUAAAUAUGCCAAGUUUAGUUAAUUAAAACUUACCGAGCCGUGGCCCGUCUCAACACUAAAAACUCAACUUUAACGAGGGGAAUAAGUUAUGAUUAUGCCGUUAUACUGCAGGCUUCCGAUUUUUAUUUAAUUGUUAUUUACAGUGAAUUAUUUCGUAA